UGAUAAAUUUGCUUCUACAUAGAUAUUGAUUAAGAAAAUUCGAUAGUUCAAUUGCAAUUGAUAAUAUUGUACUUCAUGUUUCUUUUACUUACUUAAUAUUUUAUUUUAAGAUGGAAAAAUGUAAAUGUACUAUAAAUUCAAGAAAUCAGCUUUUGGGUUUAGUCCAUGAAGAUGAAAAAAAUGCUUACAGGAAAAACUUCGUAAGAUUGUGUUUUAUUAGUAAAUUAUAACUAGUUUUUAGAAAACCUCAACAUCUAGCAUUAAAGAAUGUUUUACAGAAUAUUCUUUAGAAGAUAAAGUUGAAGCUUUGAGAAAUAUGUUUGUUCAUAAUGAAAGAAAUACACAAAAGUUACCACCGAUCAUAAGCAAUAUACAUAAUCCUAAACAAAUAAUUGAUGUAAAAGAAUGUUUACAACCAGAUGAAGAGACAUCAUUUCAAACAAUUAUUUCUGAAUUAAGAAAUACUGUUAUGAAUAGUUAUUGGAAUAAAGAAGUUGGUAAAACACGUUACCAAAUUUCAAAUCUACCAGUGGGUAUGAAACCACUGGAAGUAACUUUUGGAAAAAAGCUUAAGUCUGGAGAAACUAUGGCUGAACUUGUUAAACAAGAAAUAAUAGAAAGUGAUAUCCCAGAACAGAAUAUUCUUGAAAUGUAUAAAAAAAGUCAUAACAGUUAUUUACCUGCAGAACAAGUUAAAAGACAAUAUAAGAAACCAUUUGAUCAAAAUUCAUGUUUUGGAAAAUUAUGGAAUGCUAAUACCAAAGGUGAACGACUAAAAAGACUCUUAACAUGGAUUAUUGCAGAUCCUGAUCAUUCACAUUCUCGUAUUGGUAAAGUAAAAGAUAUCAUGAAUAUAAUAGAUGAUAAAGUACAUGAAAAAAAAGGAAUACCUGAAAUGUUAAACAUUUUAAGUGAUUGUCCUAUAAAUAAUGAAGUGGUAGUGCAACAGGGCUAUUUACAAUAUAUAAAUAGUUUACGUCUGAAAUUGAAGAAACAUGUUCCAGAAAUUCCAUUUUUAGAUAUUUAUGAAGAUUUAUUAUCCCUUGAUAAAGAUUAUACAGACAUUUUAUCAGAAGAUAAAGUCUUUUCUAUCUUAGCUAAAUAUAAAAUAUAUAUAAAUAAGACAUUUCUAACACCUAUAUUAGAUCUUCUUCAAAUACGUAAGGAAGAGAAUGUAAAGUAUGAAGAGUUAUUAAAUCUUUUAAACUGGAAAUAUGACUUUCCUACAUUACCAAAGAUAGAAAAGAUUCCUUCAGAAUGUCAACAUUACAGUACUACGUACAAUACUACAAUAGGAAAUAUAGAAAGCAUAGAUAUUACAAAUAUUCCAACAGCAGGAAUUUCUUAUGUAGAUUUGGAUAGAUGUACUGCUUACAGUCUUAUACUUCCAAAUAUUUUUACAAAACAUGGUCUUACCCCAACAGAUCUCUCUAGACUUCGAAAUAGGGAAGAAAUAAAAAAUAUUUUUGAAGCUAUUGGAAUUCAAUUCCCCAAUAACACCUUUGAUUUGCUUUGGAAAAAAGGACAAGAAAAAAGUUAUACAGAUAAUGUAUCCAUAGAAAUUUUUGGAAGCUUGCUUGAUCAAUAUGAUGAUUUAAUUCAUGAUAAAAAUAAUUAAAAUCCAUAAUUUAAUACUGAAAUUUAAUAAAAUAUAUACGUAUGUAACUAUAUUAUACGAAAUUACAAAGUAUUUUUUAUAG